AUGCCACUUGAUCCGUUUCCCUCUGACUUGGGGUGUUACCUCUGAGGUCUCAACCCUAACUCCCUACCCGCUGACUAGCCAUACAAGUUGCAGAGGCCAAAGAGACUGCUUAUUCCAAAGAAGCUUGCCAUCUUUCCCAGCUGGACUAAGGGAAGUGCCAGUGUGGAAACAUUGCAUGAUUUGGAGAAUGGCUUAGUCGCCAAGAAGAUCCUUUCUCCCAGGUGACGUAAUUCAGUCAUGUCCUAGUCCAUUACCUUCCCCAUAAACUAUUUGCCAGUCACAGCCCCAUGCGCUUCAUAUGUGGUCACCUGUUCCUGCGGGGUUUUAACUCGGAAUCACUGCUGUAAUGGUUCUUCAGAGGCACCCCCGGGGCGCUGCGUUCCUCGGGCUCUACAGGUGGCUCCGUUCAUUCUCUAGGGACUCUCCCCCGUCGGGACGUGCUCCACUCCUUGCUAUGUGAUCUCAUGGUCCAUUAUCUUAGGAUGUUAGGCCUUUAGUUUUAGGAGGCAUGACACUCCCAAGUUUUAAAAGGACCUGGAGAGAAAAUGGUGAAGCUGCCUUCUGUGGCUUCUGAAGACUCUUGGAGGCUGGGAACGGUGCUGGGAAACUGGAAAUGUACCAGUGGAAUCCUGGUUUGGAAGAUGCUUCCAACAGAGGUACCUCGUUACAUGGUUUAUUUGAGAAUUUCAUAGGAUCAACAUGUUAAGUUGGAAGAGUUGGUGACCGAGCUGUGCCAGGCAGGCCUGUGACUUUCCUCUCUGUUUUUCUCUUUCUCCCCCCUCCCUCUCCUCUGGAACUGGUAGGAUCGUGAGGCCGGCAGCUGAGAGAUGUGCAGAUCUUUGAACAGAGUUGGGAACUGAGGACUGGACAAGAGGAGUGUUGCCUGGAAUAUCAGAGAAUUGGAAACCGUCAUAUUCAGGGACCGUGCAUCUGUGUGGUGGCAUUUAAAAAAAAACUAAGAAUGCUCCCAGGAAGUAACCAUGCGUCUGCCAGUCCAAGUUUGUUGCAGGCUGCCUCCGAAGGCCUCUACCAUGUGAAGUCUCCCUGGGUCCCCAUGUACUCUGUUUGGAAAUGCAAUUGAAGAAGAUGAAGGAUAUUGGACAGCAGUUGUUCAAUUCACAAGUAAAUGAUGGACGUAACUCUUUGACCAUGUCACCCAGACAGCCUAAUGCUAAUAGAGCCACUCGGCCAGACAGACAAGAAGCCCAGGCUUCUCUGUACCAAGGCUCCGAGGCAGAGGCCGUCAUGACGACCACUGCCACAUGUAUGAAGUGCAAGAGUGCCCACCAGAUCCCUCUUCAGGACUUGAAAAGGGGGCCCGGGCAAAGCCAGAAGGACAAUAGAUAUGUGUGCUUCCAGUGCAGCCGGGGAGGGGCUCCUCCCCACGUCCCAUUCGGGAGCGGUGAUCCCAGUGCUGCUCACAUAGGAAAUAAGGCUGAAACCAUCGGAAGUCCUGGCAACAGCAAAUUCAAGGUAAGGAACUUCAAACCCGGCAAGUACUACUGUGAUAAAUGUCGCUUUUCCACAAAAGACCCUCUGCAGUACAGGAAGCACACACUUCAGCACGAGGAGAUCAAGUUCGUGUGUUCUCACUGCAGCCACAUCUCCUACACGAAGGGGGAGUUCCAGAGGCACUUGGUGAAGCACACGGGCGUGUUCCCCUAUCGGUGUGAGUACUGCGACUAUGGUGCUAUCAGAAACGAUUACAUUGUCAAACACAGAAGGAGAGUGCACGAGAAGGCCGGCGGAAAACGGCCGCCCAGAGCCGUCGCCAAGCUGGAGCCGAGGAGGAGCAGCGUGUCCAAACACACAGAGCUUCUCAAAGCCUCCGACCUGGGCUCUGCUCCACAAAGCAAGUUGCCAGAUCAGCUCUCGAAGUUCUCCCUCCAGACAGACAAAGACAGAGCACAGAGCAUCACGCUGGCACCCGAGUCGAAGGAACCCCAAAAAGACGUGGUGUGCGUUCCAAAUAAGGUGACCCUGUCAGAGCCAAAUGAAGUGGGUCUGUUGGAGAAAAGCGUGGAGGUAGAGGUGUUGUCCCCAGCCACAGAGCCCGUCCAGCCCGGAAUGCCGCUGACCGUGGUGGCACCUGCGGAGCUCGUGGUCCCCGCUAACUGUCUGGCCCAGUUGGUAGACGUGAAGGUUGUCAAUGGAACACAGCAGCUUGUCCUGAAGCUGUUUCCUCUGGAAGAAAACGGUUGCCUGGAAGCUGGUGGGGGGGACGGCAGGCAUUCGGAACGUAGGACUGCCGAGGGGGCUUCCGCUGGACAAGGGAAGAUGGGUUCUGCAGAACAGACCAAGUCACUAGCGAUCGAAGGGAGUGUUGGAGAACCCAGAGGCCUCAGCACCCUCCAGUCAGUUCAGAAACAGGUUAAAAAUGUGAAAUGGGUACGGUCCUACGAUUUGUUCAUGUCAAAUUCCAGUGUGUACAGCUGUGGAGAGUCCCUUCUCAAGUCUGCUAGAGUUGAGGAUUUGCAGAAAAAAAGGCCAGUGUAUCCGCACAGACCUGCUCUUCCUCCUGUUGCCUUAAGAGGUCCCCCCCCUUCGUCUGCAGUGAAAAACAGUGUAUUGUGUGGUCUUGGCGCUGCACCAAGUCCUUUUCCAUAUAAAGCUGCUGUUUCUUUUACUGAAGGUGGGAGACAUUUGCACAGUGACCCCCCAAGGUUUCUUCCUCUUCCUGCGUCACCUACAACCAUUUCCUUCUCUGGAGAAAAGGGCUUUUUGCCCGUAAGUAGAAACGACUUGGCAUCUAGAAGUGAGAUCAGUUUUCCUGUAAGAAUGGUUGCGUCUACUAGGAAACUGAAGGACAGCCAGCCAGAGGAAUACAGGGCAGUUUCAAAUACAGGCCAGGUUUCCUCUCAUCGUAAAAGCGAGUACUUACACAUAAACAUUACAGGAGAGGAUAGACUCCGACCUCAGCAGCCCAGGGAUAAGCCUCUGGAAUUAAAGAACAUUGAAAGGACUAAUGACUCUUUCGAUGGCCCGGUCAUCUCAUCAGUAUUUUCUCUGAGCUCUGGAUCUGAAAACGUCCCAGAGGGCGUUAAGUGGAAUAGCUCACCGUCCAAAAUAAAGUCAAUUGAACUCUUGCGCAGAAAGAUUGCUCAGUUAAUUGAGUCCUGUGGUAAGCCUUCAUCCCUGGCUGCAAAUAACGCACAUCGUCGAUCUGUAGGGCAGGCAUCAAAGGCACCUUCGGAAGUUACCCCUGAAGGUAUUCAGGAAAUUAAUGUCUCAUUUACUGGCACUGGCUAUUCCAUGGGGACUUUCUCAAAACCUCAGGAUGAUGGUGGUAUUAGUGGACAGCUUACUUGUCAGCAGAUAUAUCCACGGUUUAUAGAAGGCAGCAAUAGGAAAACCGAAAGCCAAGUAACUAGGAAGGCUCAUGUUGCUCCUCCAGUGUUGAUCCCCAAAGGGGCAGUGUUGAGGGUUCUUAAUUCAUCUGAAGAUGCCCACAUUAUAGAGGCUACAUGUGAAACACCCGUCAGCAUCCCGUACAGCGAGACACAGCUAAUAAAACCCAUUCCGUCCUGCCCAAAGACACAGACAGACUCAGACUUACAGCCUUUGACAGGUGAACGUGGGCCAAUAGACAUGUCCCAUAACCUCGACAUCUCUCUUCGGCCUAAACCAAGAAAAGAGAGUGCUGUUUGUAGCACCGCCCCCAAAAAAACUGGCCCGUUACAGAGUCAGCAAGGAAGCAGUGAAUUGAGUAAGCCAGGGAAGGUGCCCUCCAGAAGUCUUCCUGUAAGUAAGAGUAAAACCAGGCAAGUAAACUCAUCCAAGAAGAAAAGCAAAAUGCAGGCUGAUGCCAGCCGCUGUUUCAAGGAUCCUUCAAUUUUUCAGGUUGCAAGACAGCUUCGACUGAUAGCAGCUAAACCGGACCAGUUGAUUAAAUGCCCCCGUCGGAACCAGCCUGUCAUUGUGUUAAACCAUCCCGAUGUUGACUCACCAGAAGUGACCAAUGUGAUGAAGGUAAUAAACAAGUACAAAGGCAACGUCCUCAAAGUCGUCCUAUCAGAGAGGACCAGGUGUCAGCUAGGCAUCAAGCGCCAUCAUGUCCGGCUGACCUACCAGAACUCGGAGGAAGCCAAUCAAAUAAAAAGGCAAAUGAUGUUGAAAAUGAAACUUAAAAAAGUUCAUAAGAACAAUUACCAGGUGGUGGAUUCCUUGCCCGAUGACUCACAGUGCACAUUCAAGUGCUGGUUUUGUGGACGGCUGUACGAAGACCAGGAAGAAUGGAUGAGUCAUGGCCAACGGCAUUUGAUAGAAGCAACUAGAGAUUGGGAUGUUCUUUCCUCCAAGGGCAAAUAAGUGAAACAUUGGUGUUAGAAGCAAAGUGGGUUUUUUUUACUUUUAGUUUAUUCUGGUUAGGGUUGGGUUGGGCUUGGUUCUUCCCAUCCCUGACUCAGUAGGAGAAACAGGUUGUAGGAGUGGGAGGACCCUUAUUUCUUCAGAUCCCUUGUAGGACUGUUGGGAACCAGGAAUCUGGUUUAACCUGACAUGUGAUGGAACUUGGAAGGUAUUUGAAGCCCCUGAAAGAGUACACACACUUAUGUACAUGCACUUUUCUGGGGAGAAGUGAAACUUUUAACCGAUUUUCAGUGGGAUCUGAGACUUUUCUGUUUAGCACCCCGUUUUCUGAGUAGAUACAAAUCUCUUGUAGUCCUUUCAGGGGGUGAGUUUAGAGUGUUUUACAUAUGCUCAUAUAACAAAAUGCUACUGAUGAAUUAAACUCCCGUUUGGUGUGCACAUCCACUUUUUAUUUGCAUUAACUCAUUUCCUGAAUACUUGGUACAUAAUGGAAAUUAUAUUUGCUACUGUUAUCUUAAAUUUGGUUACAGAAAGUGGCCGUUCUCUUAAGCCCCUCAGCCCUGUAUAAUCCUCAUAAGUGUUCUUUAUAGCACAGAACUGUGCUUUUCAGGCCAUUUGAAGGAAUGAUUAUAAGGGUUUGCCUGAAUUUGCUAGUUCAACAGCAGGUGUUAGGAAAGAAAGACAUUUUCAAGCUUUUGUUUUUUUUUUAAACAUCUCAAUUUAUGACAGUUGGGGAGGGAAUGUGUCUUUUUCAAAAUAAAGAGAUGGUCACAGAGGGAAAAUAUCGCAAGUCAAGUCUCCCGUUUGUCACCUCUCGAAGUAACCAAUGGAAAACGUGAGUAGGUCUCUCACAGCAUGGGUAGAACUGGGAAGGUAACGCAGUGUUGGGCCGUAGGGACAGCUGUGACCAGUGUGGCUGAGGUCCGUUUGGGAACUCGCCCACGGGAGCGUAGGCUGCACUCUCUCCGUCACCCAGGGCGCCGACGCUGCCCCAGGGCACGGCUGCUCUCCUUUGCCAGGCCCUCCUGUGGAAUAAGCUAGUCCCCACUCACCUGCUGUCCCUUUCCUUUUGUGCCUUCGAGGCCCCUUAAAGUUUUCCCUCGUGAAAAAUACUAAAAACAGGCAAGAAUCAACAAAGUGGAAAUGCCCCACCAUCUUUGUUAAGGUUAUAGGAGCAUUAUCCUGGGGUUUCAUUGGUAGUAACAACCUGCUUCUAAUUGAUCUUAGCCACAGUCACGCUCUCCCUGUUGCUCGCUUUCCUAGGAAGCACCUCUGAGAACAUUCCUGCUCCCUUGUCUACCAUCACAUGUCAGGACCAGAGCUGAGCUGUGCAGCACCUUCAUGUGCACAAAAAGCUCGCCCACUGCACAGCCGGGCCUCUUGGGCAGGUACUUGGUUGGCAGAGCUCAAACUGCGGGCCUCCCACCGCCCUGCAGAGCGCGAAUGGCUCAGCCUCGGGAGCCCCAGCGCUUGUGCUCCUCCCUGUAGCUUUAAGGAAUGAACGUGCUGGUGUGGAUGCCCCGGGGGCUGUUACAGCUGAGAGACGCCAGGGAGAUUUCUGUUGGUUGGGUAGUCGGUUAGAGACUUAUUUCUACCCCUCCCCAUGAAGUCUUAGAUUACCCUCUAAUAGGUGGGGUUGCAAUUCUUUGUUUUUUCUCAUCACAAGGAGCUAACGUCUUAUGCAUGAUUCAGGACAAGGUCAUUGAGUUGAUUGGUUAAUUUUUGUUGAAAUUUAAGAUUUGGAUUUUUUAUGUGUAUAUAUGUGUAUGUACACAUAUCAAUAUUUUUUACCAUUUGAGAACUAGUAGCUAAUUUUCUGAUUUCCUGUUUUAUAAUGAAAUUAGGUGGGUUGGGAAAUAUGACAUUUUAUAUUCUAGAAAUAAUUUAUUUUGGAAGUACCUUUUUAUAAUGGUCUGAUCUCACUUUUAGCAAAUGAAAGCACAGUAAGUGUGGGUCGAAUUUGUAUGUACAAACGGAGUGGCCACCCCUGCGGGUCAUUUCAUUACAGGACUUGGUCCCACACUUGUCCAGUGGGGGCAUUUGGGGCAGUGGAGCUUGGGGACCGCUUCACUGCCUAGGGAGGCCACUGUGAAGUUUUACCCGUGUACAGAUUUGCACCCUCCAACGUGAGAGAAGCCUCCUGAGACACUCGGGGGGAGAAAAGGCUGUGAGUUUUAUUUUCUCUUCUAUACCUCAUCACUUAGUCACGUCUUUCCUGAAAGCUUAGGCCUUCAAGAGAGGGAACCGUGCAUCGGGUCAGAGUGCUAAGUCAACAUGAAGUAUUUACACUUUGCAGCAUCAACUCUUUUUCAAGUAUUACCUGAAACAGCUUGUGUGCUUGUCCAGAGCUCACUUUUGUGGGUAGAAUGUAGCUAAACUUUGGGGGAUUUUCAGAAUUACAGUCCUUGUUAAGGAAUUAAGAGGCUCCUGGAAGUCAUAAAAAGUGAGAAAGCAACAAAUGGUUGUCUUUCCAGUGUAAGGAGCUUAGGAAAUAGCUUGUUGACUGUAGGUUAAGUGUCAUGAAAUGAACUAUAUCAUUUCUAACAACGUUGGAGGAGGUAGCAGGACUGUCUUGAGUAUGUGUGUGCUCUUUCUUACCAUGACUUUGAAGGACUCUACUCACUAAAUUGUACUAAUGGCACUAAUGAAACCAUUUUACGCUUGUUUUUUUUCAAUAGUUGGAACUCU